GCAGACACACAUCCCCCAACCCCCCCUUAUGUGUAUAUAUUUUUUUUUUAAUACUUUGUGAGGAAAAACUGUCAACCAUAUCCAAAGUGCAGGACCAAAGAGAAGUAAAUAAUGUAUGCUUUUGUUAGAUUCUUUGAAGACGAUAUGUGCUACGCGUUGCCCGUUUCAAAUGUCGAAGAUUUCAGUCCUCUGCACAAAACAGAUUUUGAUAAUCAGAAGGUGUAUCUGGUUCACAGAACUGAAGAGAAUGGCAGCGCAGGCCAGCCGUGCGAAGCACAGAUCCUUGCCCUUGCAGAUACAGUAGAGGAGUUUGAAGACAGUAUAAUGCAAAAGAAGAUGAAAAUUCCCAAGAUGUCCAUGAAGAAUACAGGAAACUCUAUAGAGAACAGUUUUGGGGAGGAGAGAAUGCCACUCAGACAUAAAAAGGCCCUAUCUCAGGACCAUGGGCGCCCCAUUUCAAACUCCUCCAAGAGCCUGGCAGCAGUUGUGGCUCGCCUGGAGAGAAAUGCAGCCAGCUCCUGUAUGGAUGGUGAAGAGGAUCUGGAUGAGGACCGGCUGGAAGAGGGAGAGGAUGCAGAUGACGAAGAUGAAGAUAUGGAGGCAGAGCAUCAGCAACACCAUCACCAUCACCAGCAGCAGCAACAGCAUUUGGAGGUGGACACGGAUUGUGUGUCUGGGGUAGCUGCAGCGGUGGUUCCUAGAGUCCUGUACGAGGAGCUGGUUCAUAGCUAUAGGCAACAGGAGGAGGAGAUGAGGAGGCUGCAGCAGGAGCUGGAGAGAACUCGCAGGCAGCUGGUGCAGCAGGCCAAGAAGCUGAAGGAAUAUGGCAGCUUGCUGACAGAAGUCAAAGAACUGAGGGACUUCAACAGGAGGCUGCAAGACGUGCUUCUCAUGAGACUUGGCAGUGAGCCUAUGCAUGACAAUGGAACUCAGACAAUCAAGGCUGAAGUGGUUGAACCCAUUGUUGAGGUCCAGGAGGCAUGCAGAGAAGAAGCCAACACCAGUUCCAGCUACUCACCCUCACCCAGAACUGUAUACACCUGCAACGAUGGGAAGGUCCACCUUGGUGGAGGAAUCUGGGUGGAGGAGGAGAAGUGGCACCAGCUGCAACGGACCCAGGGAGACUCCAAGUUCACAAAGAACCUGGCUGUCAUGAUCUGGGGCACAGAAACUCUCAAGAACCGUAGUGUCACUGGAGUAGCCACCAAAAAGAAAAAAGAUGCGCUGCCUAAACCCCCAUUGUCGCCAAGCAAACUGAAAAUCGUAAGAGAGUGUCUCUACGACAGAGUGUCUCAAGAGACAGCCGACAGUGCAGAGAUCACGCAGAGAUUGUCCAAAGUGAACAAAUACAUUUGUGAAAAGAUAAUGGACAUCAACAAGUCCAUCAAGAACGAGGAGCGGCGGGAGUCCAAGCUGCUCAUCAGGCAGACAGUCAAGAUGGAGAACUUCACCUACGAUGGCAUGUAGUGGUCAGCGGUUGUCACGCCAGCGCCUUCUGCCCAGGAUACUGAGGGGACUUGGUGUGUGAUUGGAGGAUGUUCGUCAAAGUUCCAGGAGCAGAUUUUUUUUCUGUUGACUCAUUUGAUUCUUUUUUUUAAUUGAAAUGUUAAAACCAAUAGGCCCUUUUCCAGCCUCCCACUGAACAACCGUCAGAGUCCCCAGUGAUCAGUUUCUUCAUAAGGUGACAGACAGCUUUACCCACCACUUAACUAAAUUGAUGUGAGCUGAUAUGAGUGUUUUUAUAAGCUUUACAACGGGUAUUGGUACAGAGACAUGGUUUAUUGACGUGUGUGCAUCUGUGUCAAAGGAGAGAUUAGAAGUAAUUGUGAAAUUGAUUUAUUGUUCUGUGUCAGAACAUCAUUUUGAGUCCUUAAACUUUUAAAAAGUAAGGUUAUUUCCAUGGAUACAAUCUUCUAACGCUAUAAAGAAAAUGAUGUUGAUAGCUUGCAUUAGAGCUCAGUUGUGUGAACGGUUGGAUAUUUUGGUGACUACCCUAUGACUGCUGAGUCUUUGCAGUAGGUACUUAAUGCAUAGAAUGGGACAUCAGGGUGUCAAAUGCACAAGUCUUAAUUUGUAAUAGCCAUAUUCCUUUUUGCAACAAAGAUUCUGUUGCUGCAAGAGAUUCUCCCCCUAAACUGUAGCUCAAUCACAACAUGCCGUUCUCUUAAAAAGAGGGCUUGCAGAGGUUAAAUGGGAUGUAUGACUCUAAUGUAGAGUCUUAAGAUUGAUAUUUAUAUUUAUAUUCUUAUGUUAGGUUCAAGCAAUUUCCACCAAUGAGAGUGCACAAAAAAACUUUUGAUGGGAUUUUUGUGUGAUACUCUUAAUAAAACGAGUCACUUUCAGACAGUUUGACUGUUGAAUUAGUUCUAGUGGUACAGGCAUGUUGAUGCCUAGAAAGGCCUUAUAUGGAUUUGGCAAUCACCAGGGGCUUGUAUGCCUGUGGGUUUUCUAGUAGGCUGUGAUUGUAAAUGUAUAGGAAGCUGAAGCGACGAAGCUUCACAUGCACUUUGCUGUGGGAAUAAAAGAGGUGGUUAGGUACUUUUUGCUGUGUGAUUCACUCCAUCAUGAUAAGAUGAGCCGAGCUACUUGCCAACCCCUCCUCCUGUAUUAAGAUGAUGUGGGGUUGAAAAUUAGUGCAAAUUUUGACUGGUUCAGGUCACCCAGUUGUGGAAGUAGUGUUUGCUGUGGGUAAAGCUGUCUGACACUCUGUGAUGUCUGACACACUUCCGGGCCUGCUGAACCCCCGUAAUAACCCCAUUUUUUUUAAGACAUCCACUGGGGAACAAAGUAGAGUCACUCCAGUGACAAUUUCUUUUGAGCUAUGCCAUCAGAACUUUGAAGAGGUCCUCUCUCUCUCUUGUAUGUUAUUUUUGUCUCUGAACUUGUUUAUUGUUUUGAUCCAAAUGGUUGGUGCGGCUGUCUGCAGGCUGGAACUAAAUGCUGCAGAUUAAAAAUCUCAACUGUGACCUAGCUGUGGCUAACUGUGAAUCUGCUGCAGAGCUGCCCAUCAAGCCUCUCCUCCUCAGACUAUAGAUUCUUGUGUUUCGGUUGGUUUGUUUCUUUCCACUUUUUUUGUCUGUCAGUUUUUUUUUUCUUUAUUUCAAAAGUUCAGAUAAGCCUUUUGUUAAGCUACCUUUUGUUUUGGAGAUAUUUUAGUGUAUAUAAAAAAAACAUCUUUUUUAUUUUUCCACCAAACACACAUUUCACUUUUUCAUGUUACAGUUUUAAAGGUUCUGGUCGAGUUUUGGUUGAUCUAAUUGAUGUUGUGAUUCCAUGUUACCUGACAUUUUCUUUUGUUUCUUUAUAUACUUUUUUCAUACGAGUCGUUGGCUUUAAGCUUGAUGUUGUAUCCAAAUGUAGAGAAGUAGAAUCUACAAAAAAAGAAAAAACAAACUAUCUCUCUUUGAUAGCCAAAGUCAUCUCUUGGAACAAGAGUAACAAAGCGUAUUUAGAUUCAGAUUUGAAAAAGCCCAUAUUUUAUACCACAUUCACAACAUGUGAUAUAUGAUAAACCUCACCUUAGAAUCUACCUUCUUAUGAUCUGCCACAGUUUUAUGAAUAUCUGUAUCCUGGAACUGUUAUACUGUAGACAUUGAGACGCAGUAGUUAGAUUGACACAAAUUAUUGACAUUGAAUGCACUUUAAAGUUCUUGGCAAUUCUUCAAUCUUAAAGAAAUGUAUUUGUGGUAUACAUCCUUUUUCAAAUGUCUAUAUAGAUUAAGGCCUAAAAAAUAAUUGUAUUAACAUGAAGCACCUUAGAAAACUUUGAUUUUAUUGUUGUUUUUUUCUGACGAGAACAAGUUAUGGUUUUUAUUUGGUCUGUCAGAUAAACCCCCUGACAUGCCAGUCCUAAAAAUAAGUUAAGAUUCAAUACUCACAGCUAUUUGUCAGAAAUAGUUAUACUACUACUUCCAUAUUUUUAAAAUCUGGAUAGAUAACUUCGGCCAUUAUGGCUUCCUGAACAAUAAAAGACUUACCUGGCAGAUUUACAAGCUUUAGUAUAAAAACUCUUCUUGGCUGUAGAGGCCAAAACAUAAAUCAUUAUAAAGAUAUGUAACUAUGAAAUGUGCAAGCUGACUGGAAUAUGUGCUUUAACUUAAUGUGUGAAGAUGCUGGUUAUGUAUUGUUAUGACUUAUAUAGAGAUGAUGUGUAUUUUUACGAGUGAGUGGUAAUUAUAAGCCAAAGUAUUGAAGGCUGAGAUCAAGCUAAAGAAGAGGGCGUGCUGAAUGAGGAAUCAGCAGGGUUUGCACAAAAUUGGCAAAUUGCCAAGGUUGAUAGAGCUUAGCGGAUCUUAAGUCACUUAAAAUGGUGACAUAUUAAUAUUUUUGGUUCCAAAAAAAUCCCCUUUUCAGCUCAAGAUUUGUUUUUGUGUUUCUUGUACAGAGCAACAUGUGAGGUUAAUGUGUGCUAAAAGAAAGAAAAGAUUUCUGCUGUGCAAAGUAACCAUGCUGAAAUUCUGAUACAUUGUUGUGUGAUGUGUUUGUGUUUGUUUCUUUGUUGUUUGAUGCCAAAAGGGUGUGUGGUCAAAUUCAUGCUUUGAGAUAGAGCAUUAACAGAUCUAUUACAUCAUCUGAAAUGUGAAUUUAUUUCAUAAGGCUGGUUUCCUGGAGUGCGAUUAAGCCUAAUCCUUUAACUGAAACCAUCUUUAGUGGAUGAAAAGCUGUAUGGAAGUACUGUAUGUUUUUAACCCAGAUUUGGCUUAAUCUGUGAUUGCAAGGCCAAUCUUUGUCAAAUGUCCAAAGUCACUUGCAGUAGGGUUUAAGCUGCAUUUUAGAGCCAUUACAGGACGGUAUAGGCUAGCUUGGUUCUGCAACACCACACCAGACCUUCCAGUACUCUCACUGUCACACUCAAGUAGCGAUAAGGAGGAAACUAACCUCUCUGGCUCUGUGAUCCUCUUCCUGUGCCACCUUUAAUUCCUCACUCCCCCGACAUAUAGACUGGAUUUCAAAAUGCAAAUUAAUCAAGAUAAAAGCAAAUCCUUUUGCUAGCUUGGUGUUUUGGCUUAUGUUGUGAACACCUGUCAAAGUUUCAGAAGUGAGGGAGCUUUAUGUUGCUUUUUGACACUUUGAUUUUGGAUAAAGCGAUCGGCUCUAACUUCACCGUGUGGAACAAGAUAAAUGGUUUCAACCUGCAGUUUUCACAACUAAAUGUACACAAAACAACAAACUCUCUGAGCCUCAGAUACAAUGUCAAACUUACUUCAAAUGAGAAAAAAAACUGGAGUACACUUUGUUGGGCCUAUAUUUUUCUUAAGGUAUCAGUAACUUUGUAUACAAUCCACAAACCGGUUCUACUUCAUCUAACUUCACCGUCCUACCUCAUUGUUACUCUGGUGUUUGUUUGUCAGUGACUGUAAACUAUGUGUGUGUAUUGAAAAAAUAUAGGAAAAUUAUACCUGGUUACUCUCAACAUGUACAGCAUAUAAAACUUGUAAAACACCUCAGUACACGAUAUCAUUCUUAGGAGAAAUCAGUUUUAUUACCUGCUUAAAAAUGCUGCUCUGAAGAGGUGUCUGUGUGAGGGGUCGUCUCUGAAUAUAUAUCUUCGCUCUUUGCUAUGUCGUGCAGUUUAUCAGUGGUUGUGUUCUGUCUCUGUAUUGCAUUCUGAGAUUUUUACUGGUUGACGGUGCUACCAGCAAACAGUUCAAAAGCUGAUCUGUCUUUCGGACCUCAAAUGGUGCUGUUUUUCUAUGUUUUUAUCCUCAUACAGCUAUGUUUUAUUCAGGUGUGUCAACCGCCACUAUCCCCUCAGCUAAUCAAAUUGUAAGCCAAAAUGUUUCGCUCAAUGAUAAACCUGCUAUUACUGUAUCGACUAUAUGCUAUCCAUCCAAAUAUUGUAGAUAGUUAUUAUAUCCUCAGCUGUGAUUUUCAGAAGUACCUCAGAACUUGCUGAUUUUCAAUGGAUGCAUCUGCUUCUAGCACCUGUUGUCUACCGAUAUUACAUUGUUGCAGUGUAUUCUCAGAAAUAUGCAUUUUUACUGGUUAGAUCAGGUUUCACUAUAAAUAGUACAUGGUUAUUAUAUCAAACUCAGACGACCAAUAAAUAUCAAGGAUAACACUGUUCACUGGUUGCAUGCCAGAUUGUCAAAUAGGAAAUCUCAGUUGGACUGGGCUCUUGUUACAGUAGAUGAGUUUCUCAGCAAAACCAUGUUUUGUUUAGUCCUGUUAUUUUUUUUAGGGAAGCAGGAUUCCAUUGGUAGUUCUUUUUAUCGUUACAAAAUACGGUUGAAUAAAAGUUAUAUUGGGAAUGAGUCAAGACUUUAGAGAUGUUCCAAUACCAUUUUUUCCAACUGUAUACCGAUUCUGAUACCAAGAAUUGAGUAUUGGCCAAUACAGAGUACUCCUCUGAUACUAAAGUGAUGAAAGAAGUACUCACAGUACUGAUGGAAAAACAUUGAUCAUUGACAUUUUACUGGCUUUGACUAAGAAUACCCUCUCUGCUAGGACCAUAGUGUUAUUUUUGUUUCCCGAAUUUCCCCUCUGGGGAUCAAUAAAGUACUAUCCUAUCCUAUCCUAUGAUAAUUUACCUGAGGGCUAAUUGGUAUCAGUGUCGGUGUAAGGGCCAAUACCAGCAUCAGUAUUCUGGCAAUGACUCACUUACUUGUAUUAGUGUCGAAACUGACGGUAAAAAUCAAAUGUUGAUCUCUGAAUCUUGAGUUAUGAGGACUGUUAUGGGCUGUUUCACAUGUCAGUGUUGGAAUGAUUGAUUCAAUCUUGUUACCUCUUUAAUCUGUGAUUCACUGAUGUAUAACUUUUCCCUCCACUGUUUAAAAAAAAUCAAAUGCAAUCCUCAUGUUGAUGUAGUACAUUGUAAUUACAGUAGCAAUUUGUUAAGGAUUGACUUGUUUUGAGCUAAGUUUUGUACAACAGCACACUGAGUCAGAAUUGGGCACCAUGAUACAGAAAGUGCAUUUUAUUUUCUCCCGACACAGUGACACCAAUGGAAUCUUUACUGCAUCAAAUGUUGGAAGUAGCUUAAGUUGUUAGUAUGUAUUUGUUUUACUCUGACCGUGUCAGUGAACAUGUUAUGUGCUGGGGAGCUCCUCUCUACAGUGAGCUAUGUGUGUGUUCAAAUACACAGCGGUUGGUUUCAUGGAAGCACUUAAGCCAUUCGUUGGACUGUUAAAUAAUGGUUCAAUUUUAAGCUUUGCUCUGGUCCAGGGAGUCGACCCAGAGAGUUUUGUGUGUAAUUGAAUACCUAUGCAGGUGUUGAGUUGUAAUCACCUGGCACCACAUCACUGUUGGGUGAGGGGCAAACCAGGAGGAGAUAACCGGGAAGCGUUCAAACCUUUGAAUGUAUCUAGAAAGAUUAAGUUGAAGUGGACAAUGGCGACAUGACAAAUCAGUACAGAACUAUAAAAAUGUUUUCAUACUCACAAAGCUGAAUUAAACUGAACUAUACGGGGCUGCUUGUGUUUAUAACAGUUAUAACUGCAUUGCAUUAGGGAAAGACAGGGUUGUUACUGUAUGGAGUAUUUCCAGUUAGUCGGAUAAUGUGAACAGAAUUGCAGUAAAAACUCCCUCACCCUACUUUAGCCUCCCAGAGGCAACUGUACAUUUACGGAAGAUGUUAUAAGUAUAUGGGAUAGAGAGUGUUUAUGUCUUUGCUAAACCGGCCACACCUCUGCUAUGCGAACAAACUCUUUGACGCUUAGCAUCCUGUUCUGUGUUUUCUCUUGCUGCAUUCAGGAACACCUGUUUAAUGUGUAGAUAAAAAAAGAAAUAAAUCCAGACUUUUAUUCUAUCAGCACAAA